AUGCGCCUGCAGGAGGGGCAGCAGCGCUCCCCCAGCCCAUACCUGAAAGCUCUGGAGUGCAUGGCGGGGGGAGGCGGAGACGGCGGGCCCGCCGCACGCUGCGCAACGUCUGCCCACCCCGACAGCCGAGCCUCCUCCUCGCUGGGCCAGCAGCGUGCGGCCACGGCAGCCCGCCUGCAGGCACUCAUCUCCAGAGCCAACAGGGUCAUCGUCGGCAGCAGCAGUGGUGCGGCAGCAGGGGCCAGCGGCAGCGGAGGGAGCGUUGCAGCAGCCGCCAGCCGCCGGCCCGCCUCUGCCAUGCACCAGCAGCGCCCUGCCCGCCAGCAGCCACCCGAGGAGCGGCAGCGUGCGGCCAGUGCCAUGGCGCUGCGGCAGCAGCUGCACAGAGCUGCCGCCGGCACCACGGUAGGCCAGGCCGCAGCUGUGCCACGGCUGGCCAGCCCUGUCCUUGGGUCUGCCGCCCGCCCCGACAGUGCCACCCGCACCUCUGUCGCGGCCCGCCCCGGCAGCGCAGCCGCCAGGGGAGCCAGGCCAGCGGCCAGCCAGGCCGAGGCAGCAGCAGGAGAAGGCGCCGGCGCCCAGCCCAGGCCAGCUACCGAGCAGCAGGCGCAGGCGCAGGCGCAGGCGCAGGGGCAGUCGCCGCCGCAGGCCAGGGGAUUGAGCGCCGGCAGAGCCGUGCUGCGCAGCAAGAGCAUGUGCGUCAACUCCUUUGGCGGCGCCAGCAGCGCUGCUGCCGCAGCAGCCGCCACAGCGGCCGCCGAUGCGGCGGCCCUCUAUGCGAUCACAAGCGAGGCCCGCCAGCAGCAGCAGCAGCAGCAGCAGCAGCAGGCGGCGGAGGCGGCAGCAGCGCAGCAGGCAGCGCAGCUGAAAGACCGGCUUGCGCGGGCAGCGGCUGGGGCAGAGUUGCAGGCGGCGGCAGAGGGUGCGGCUGCGUGGCUGGCACAGCAGCUGUCGGCACGUGCUGCCGACCUGCUCCACCAGCUGGCGGCGGUGCUGGGAAUCAGCGCCCUCGGCGCCCGCGCCCCGGCCGGAGACGCAGCCGGACACGAGCCCUCCGCCGGGUGUGCAGCUGGCAGCAGCGGCGGCGAGGGCGGCGAGGGCGCUGCACCUGCCGCGGCCAAAGCCGCCGCUGCUGCUGCUGCUGCUGCUGCCGGCGCACCUGGCGCCGCGCCCGCGACCGCGGCGGCAGCGGCGGGCCAGCGCCCUCACCAGCUCUUCCAGCAGUGCAGCCAGCUGCGGGGGGAGAAGGCGUCGCUGGAGCGGCUGAAUGGGGAGCUGAGCGCGCAGGUCAGGGCCCACCAGGGCCAGCUGGCCUCCCUGCACCUCCGCCUGGACAACCUGCUGCUGGAGCGGCAGCGGAUGCAGGAGGAGGCGGCCGAGGCGGCGGCCGCCGUGGCGGCGCUGCGCCGGAAGCUGCCCAGGGGGCAGGCGCAGGGGGAGCCGGGGCCUGCACUGGACACAGCCAACGCGGAGGGCGCGCCCCAGCGCCCCAGUGCGCGCGCCAGCUGGCAGAGCGAGGGCGGGGGCAGCGGCAGGGCGGUGGGGGAGCUGGCCAGCGAGGAGGUGACCUGGGGGCGCACGCUGACGGGCAGGGCGCCCGCGGCACGCCCCAGGAACGUGCCGCCCGUGGACCUGGCGCGCCUGCGCCCGCCGCCGCCGCCAGGCGGGCGGCAGGCAGGCGCAAGGGCGUGA